AGAAGACUAGUCUGUACCCGAAUGUAAUUAUGAGAGGAACAAAAUUAAUAUUGAUGGAGGUAGGAAAUGUAAAAUUUCUGGAUUCUCUCAAUUAUUUUCCUAUGCCUCUAACUGCUCUACCCAAGGCGUUUGAUUUGAAAGAGCUAAAGAAAGGAUACUUUCCACAUUUAUUCAACACUUUGGCUCAUCAGAAUUAUGUAGGGCCAAUUCCAGCGCUCGACUUCUACGAUCCCGACCAUUUAAAGGAAGACGCUCGGGAAAAAUUAUUAAAAUGGCAUGGCGAAAGACAAGCGGAGGGAUACGUUUUUGAUUUUCAGAAAGAAAUCGUUGAAUACUGUAUCUCCGAUGUGGAAAUAUUGACACAGGCGUGUCUCAAAUUUCGAGACCUGAUGAAAACCGAAACCACAGUCGAUCCCUUCCAGGAAAGCACCACUAUUGCAUCAUGCUGUAACAAAGUCUUUAGACGCAAUUUUUUAAAACCUGAGACGAUCGGGAUUCUACCGAACCAGAACUUAUAUCACCCCGUUUUACCGUCAAAAAUGAACAACAAAUUGAUGUUUGUUAACUGUCAAAAAUGUGGUGAAGAUUUCGUUCGAGAAGAGUGUCAGCAUUCUAUUCAAGAAAGAAGCCUAAAAGGAACUUGGGUGAUAGAAGAGGUGCUCAAAGCUAUUGAAAAAGGUUACCAGAUUAUAGAGACUUACGAAAUAUGGGAAUACGAUACAAUUCAGCUCAGUAAAGACCAAGAGGGGUUAUUUAGCGGAAUGAUGAACAAGUUUCUACAAAUAAAACAACAAGCUUCAGGAUGGCCCAAACAUUGCUUAACGGAUGAAGAAAAAAACCGUUAUAUUGAUGCAUUUUUGGAUAGAGAAGACAUAAAGCUGGAAUUUUCAAAAAUUAUAGAGAACCCCUGUUUGAGAUCGUUAGCUAAACUUAUGCUGAAUUCCUUUUGGGGUAAAUUUGCUCAAAAAGAAAACCAAAACAAAACCUCAAUAGUCAGAGACUGUGGUGAAUUCUUUGAUAUGCUGACUAAUCCUUCUAUUCAUGUAAAUACAGUUCUACCGGUAAACGAAGAAACCCUUCUCAUAACUUGGGAAUUUAGAGAAGAGGCCUAUGACGUUUCUUCAACGGUUAACGUUGUAUUGGCUUCAUAUGUCACGGCCCUAGCUAGACUAAAAUUAUAUUCAUUCUUGGAGAAAGUGGAAGAAAGGGCAGUUUACGUAGAUACAGAUUCAUGUAUUUAUAUCUCUCGUAAGGGAUUAGACGACAUAUCUACAGGCGACUUCAUAGGUGAUAUGACCGAUGAGCUCAAUGGGGGUUUCAUAUCAGAGUUUGUUUCUGGAGGACCUAAGAACUACGCCUACAAAUAUACUACUUUGUCUGGAGAGGAACAGAUCGUAUGUAAACAAUCCGCAUUAGGCCCACAAGGACCAGGACUGCAUAACGGGGUGAUUUUAGGUUCUGAGCAGCUUCUGAAUGGAUUUCCGACAGUUCCUACUGGGCAGACACAAACAGGUUCUCUGAGGGGAUCACAAGUGGCUCCUUGGCCACACGGAUUAGGCUCGCAAGGGUUCUUAGCCUCGACACAACCCCGGAUGGUAUUAGGACUUUCAAGGAACCCAGGGAGACAGGUGCACUUGGCAAAGCCGUUACUGAGGAUGGUACAUUGUGUGUUAGGGCCACAUGGAGAUGGAUCACAUGGGUUCUGGGGUAAGGCGCAAGGAACGUGUGGUGGGGUGCCUUCGAAUUCUGGGAGACAGAAACAAACUGCGUUGCCACCUACUACACGACAGCCAGAGUUUGGACCGCACGGAUUUGGUUUGCAGUCAUCGCCUUCAGGUACUGAAAAGAAAAAGCAAUAUCAAAGUAGCGUUCUUGGAGGCAGUAACAUUUCUGGGGGCGAGAUCAACAAUGGUCCUGUUAUUCUCAACAGACUGAAGGAAUGUAAGGAAAAGAGUUUGAUACAAAAGUCGAACGGAGCUGAAGAUUCUAUAGUUUCAGUUUUCCCAACUGCAACAUGUACAUUAAACAUGAUCUUACUUGUAGACGAUUUGAAGCAAUUAGUAGCGGGGUUUCCCUCGUAUCCCAUGGGACACGUGCAGGUGGUACCGAUAGGAACUGUUGUGAGGUCUAUUGACUCCAUUUGUGUUGUCGACCUCGAGGUAGUGAUGGCUAUAGAUCUAGGUGUGCUCUCCGCGGCAGUUGUUUGGCCAGUAAAAAUUGAUGGGGUUGUAGUUUCUUUCGAGAGAGCAGCAGAUCCAGUUGUACCAGUCGUUUCUAGCUCUCCUAUUUGCUUCGUUGUCAAUAGCAUCUCAUAUGGUGUUGUUUCUGAUGAAGCAGCAGUAGUCAUAAAUGCUGGUGUCGACUCUUUGCUGAUAACAGUUGUACCAGUUGUCUCUAACUCCUCUAUCUGCUUCGUCUAUCGCUAUGCUUACCAAGAGUGUGUUACGCAUCUCAGGGGAACGUUCAGCUGCCUCCAUAUCAUCUACGUUGAGUCGAAUCCUAUAACAGAACAACUUGAGAUUGGAGGAAACUGCAACAUCAUUUUGAUUGAAUGA